AUGUCAUACCAGCCGGUAGGCCCCCGGCAAGAGGCCGAGCACCAGGCAGAAGUACGAAACUUCGAUCAGUUUACAACGAUAGACUGGAUCCUGGAGGAGAAGUCACAACGAAACUCAGGCGCGCGGGACGUGGGGUACAGCGGACGAUGGAGGCGCUACCUGGAGGAGGUGUGGCACCGGGGACAGGCUUUCUUCACGCUCACCGCGAUUGGAGUGACCGUCGGGUGCAUAGCGGGGUUCAUUCAGGUGCUCACGGAGACGUUGGUGAACUGGAAGACAGGCUACUGUGCCAGGAACUGGCUGCUCAACAAGUCGUUCUGCUGCCAGAGAAUAGCUGAGGACACGCGAAAGUUCUUGGUCAUAGAGGGCGCGCAGUGUGUGGAGGAACGGCUAUGGGUUCCGUGGAGCAACUCUGUGUUAGCGUAUUUUACGUUCAUUACGCUCUCGGUCGCGUUCGCCAUGCUUAGCGCGUUGAUGGUCAAGUGCCUAGCCCCCAUGGCCACUGGCUCUGGAAUUUCGGAGAUCAAAGUCCAUGUGUCUGGCUUCCAGUACAAGAAGGAGUUCUUCAGUCUGACGACGUUGGCGGUCAAGUCGGUGGCUUUGCCUCUAGCUAUAUCGUCUGGCCUCAGCGUGGGAAAGGAAGGCCCUUCGGUACACUACGCUACAUGCUGUGGGUUUUUGAUUGUACAGUUCCUCUUGCGGAACACACUCAAGUACGCCGAACAAGCCGAGUACUUAGUUGCUUCCAGCGCAGCUGGGGUUGCGGUGGCCUUUGGAGCGCCCAUUGGUGGAGUGCUAUUUGGGCUCGAGGAGAUGUCUUCUUCGCCCCAUUUCAAUCUGUCCACCCUUUGGAAGUCCUUUUACGUUGCGCUUUCCGCUGUCUCGACGUUGCAGUACUUGGACCCAUUCCGGAAUGGCAAGAUUGUUCUAUUUGAGGUGAAGUAUGAUCGGGAUUGGCAUGUUGAAGAAAUCCCUAUUUUCAUUCUUCUAGGAAUUUUUGGGGGGUUAUAUGGCCAUUACAUCGGUAACUUAAACAUUUGGUUUGUUACAUUUAGGAGGAAUUAUCUAUCCAAAUGGCCGCUAAGAGAAGUCUUUGUAUUGGCCCUUGCCACUACGUGUUUGUCUUACUUUAAUGAGUUUUUAAAACUAGACAUGACAGAAAGCAUGAGUCUCUUAUUCCAUGAAUGUGUGGAGGAGAAGAGUGGUAUGAACUUUGAGCACAGGCUAUGCCAACUGGACGGAAAAUUCAGUUUUUUGAGUUUCUUGACAUUGUACUGUUCUUUGAUGUUUGCGACCGUUGUCCGUGCGCUCGGUGUUGUUGUGUCAUAUGGGGCUCGCGUUCCAGCCGGAAUAUUUGUACCAUCGAUGGCUGUAGGGGCCACUUUUGGCAGGUCAAUCAGCGUGUUAGUUGAAAAUUUCAUCACAGGCCCUCAUGUGAUAACGCCAGGCACAUAUGCCUUCCUUGGAGCGGCUGCUGCCUUAAGUGGAAUUACCAAUAUGACCCUUACGGUGGUUGUUAUUAUGUUUGAAUUGACUGGUGCUUUCAUAUACAUUAUUCCAACCAUGAUUGUUGUCGCGAUCACACGCAUUGUAUACUCCUCGUUCAGUAAGGAGGGUGGUAUAGCCGAAAAGAUGAUUAUGGUAAAUGGAUUUCCAUUCAUGGAAUGUCCCCAGGAGCAUCGAGACUUCCUAGAUGAGUAUUGUGCUGCUGACAUCAGUACGACAGACGUGGUAACUAUCAAAGAGAGCAUGCAUUUAUCUGAUUUAGAGUCAUUGUUGGAAGAGGUAGGCAACUCAUAUAAAGGGUUCCCGAUAAUCCGAAAUGAUGACGAGAAUGAACAGGAGAAACGAUGCAUUGGCUACGUAACCUUACAGCACAUAAGGUCGCAGUUGGGCAUGUAUACGAAUGACAAUACUGCCCGUAAUACAGUCGUAGAUUUUACCAAGAAAUUUUUGCCCGAUGAUGAAAACCUAAUUCAAUUCAGUGACCUGGUGAACUAUACGCCGUUCACCGUCGACAAGUCACUAUCUUUAUCUCUCUUAUACCAGAUGUUCCACAAGUUAGGUUGUAAAGUUGUUAUAGUGGAGGAUGCGGGGUUCCUAGUUGGUAUCAUCACCAAGAAGGACUUUUUGAGGUUUCAACGGACAAAACGGACAGAACUUUAUGGAUCCAUAAACACAUUUGAUGAACAAUCUGCGGAACGGUUGUGGAAUUUAAUUAUGCGUGUUAUAAGAAAACUGAGAUCCAAGCAAUUGUAA